AUGUAUAUGGUGGAGCUGUACAUGAAAGAGCUUGCACCAAAGAAGCAAUUGACUACAAAUAGACUUGAUGGGGGGCCAACAAACCCCACGGGUCCACAAGGCAUAACUGGAUCUACAGGAUCUACAGGGGCCAAGGGGGACAAGGGCGAGCAGGGAGUGAAGGGAUCAAAAGGCGACAGAGGUGCAACUGGUAUUCAGGGCAUUAUAGGUCCAACGGGCGCCAAAGGCGACACAGGUGUUCAAGGACUGCAAGGAUUAAAGGGUGAUAUGGGAGUAGCGGGGCCCAUGCCACCUAUGGGUCCUCCAGGAAAUAAGGGGGUGGACGAAUGCCAGACGAAUAAAGGAGGGUGCAGUCACACCUGUAUGAACUCCUACCUGUCCUAUCGCUGUGUAUGUGACGCCGGAUAUCAGCUGAACGAGGACAAGUAUUCUUGUGCCGACGUGGACGAGUGUAGCAAUGACAAUGGCGGCUGUGACCAGUUGUGUUACGACGCAGUAGGCACCUACGUCUGCGCGUGCCGGGCUGGGUUCAGACUGAGCCCCGACAGACACAGCUGUGAAGAUGUUGAUGAGUGUGCUGUCAAUAAUGGCGGGUGUAAUUCAACACAAAAAUGUGUUAACACUUUGGGGAGCCGAAGUUGCGUGAUGACCAUUUCGUCGUCUGUUGACUCCUUGGCACAAUCGCUGCAGCUGAAGGUCACAGAAUUUACGACACUCUCGGAAACCAUGUCUCAGGUUGUGAAGGACCAGACGGCCGCUCAAUCGUCUGCUCAGACCGGCAACUGUGGCUAUGAUGCUACACUAGUGAAUGGUUACCUCAUCAUGGGCAUUAUUAUAUGGCUGAUUGUGGUCACCUUAGUUCUACUGGGACUUGUUAUAUAUUUGAUUUAUAAGAGGGGAAGAGGCAAGAAAUGGGAGAAAACGCAGGAAAAACUCUCGAGAAAAUAUUCAUAUUCCAGGAAUUCGCCUUCGAUGUUUUCUGCAGUGAAAGCAUAUUAAUUGAAGGGUUGGCAGACAUUGUAUUUUAAACACGUAAGCAGUAUGAACGUCCUCUUCGGAUAUUUUUCAAUAUUGAAUUUACUUAGGUUGCUUAAUUGGUUAAAUGCAAAAACGCGUUUUAAGUUUUGUGAAGUAUUAAAAAGCAAUUUACAUGUAGUUAAAAUUAAUGUCUUUCAACGUGAUUAAUGUGCAUGUAAUGCCCUCCUUAGACUGAUAUACUAAAUUGCGA